AUGAUGGGGUUGAAGGGGUCAUUUGACGAUUCGGAAGUUGCUGUUGGGGGGUUUCUUGGGGCGAGCAAUCCGAGAGAGUCGAGGGCACGUGCCAAGGAGAGAUAUCUGAGGCAUAAUUCCGAGGUGAAAGUCGCGGUGGCGCCAGAGAGGUUGCUCUCAUUUGAGCUGAAGGAUGGCUGGGAGCCGCUGUGCAAGUUCCUCGGCAACGAAGUCUCUGACGUGCCGUUUCCCGCGGUAAACGAUCGGAAGGAACACGUCGAGAGGGUCAGGAGAAAGCAGAGGGCAUUUGUGGGUGUUGUUCUGGGCAAGUUUGCCAGGUCGGCGACCCCAUGGGCUCUCGGAGUAGGAUCUAUUGUCGUAUGUUAUGCCUGCCUGGACGCGGGCAACAAGAGGCUUGGUUUCCAAGGCAGCUGCGGGUGCUCUGAAGAUGAACAUCUGUCAAGCCACCGAGGAUUUUGCAUCCAAUAUCAUAGGGGAUUAAUUUGA